GCGGGAAGGGCGCGGGACGCUUUCUUGUGCUUUGCUCUGUGGCCCUCGCCAUGUGGACCACCCUGAGGUCAGCCCUGCGGCCGUGCGCCCGCGCCGCUGCCCCUCGGCUGCGCGCCUAUCACGGGGACUCCGUGGCCACGCUGGGCACCCAGCCGGACUCGGCCUCUGCCGUCUACCAGGAGAACUAUGAACAGAUGAAAGCACUAGUAAAUCAACUCCAUGAACGAGCCCGGUAUAUAAGACUAGGAGGUGGUGAGAAAGCCCGAGCCCGGCACACAUCAAGAGGAAAACUAUUACCAAGGGAAAGAAUCGACAAUCUUAUAGACCCAGGGUCUCCAUUUCUGGAAUUAUCUCAGUUUGCAGGUUACCAGUUAUAUGGCAAUGAGGAGGUCCCCGCGGGUGGCAUUAUUACAGGCAUUGGAAGAGUGUCAGGGUGA